AUGUUGCCUUCAAGCCUGAAGUCGUAUGAGAACAGCUCUCUUAACUAUGUUUUCCCCAAGGGAAUGACUAUUUCUGUAAUCGGCUGUGGCGCUUUAGGAUCUGCCGUUCUCAGUCGCCUCAUGGAUGCAUGCGAAAACAUGCGGAAAAAAAGUAACGAGGCUCCAUUUGAUCGCUUCUUCGCUACCGUCAGUUGUGAGGAAUCACGCUCGAUGCUCUUAAGUAGGUUUUCAGAGCACCAGACACGCUUCCGUGCAUACUGCGGCGAAAAUGAUUUGUGGAUGGACGCUGCCGAUGUCGUCGUAUUAGCCUUUCGACCUUGCAUGAUUGACAAAAUCUUAAGCCAAAAUGGCGUGCGUGACGCCCUUGCCGGCAAACUUGUGAUCAGUUUGCUCGACGAAACUCCUCGACAGCGGUUGGAAAACGCAAUAUCACUAUCCCAAUCCUCUGCGAUGGGAGAGAAAAGAUCGUCCCUAUACAGCUCAAUAACAUAUGUACCGAAUGAAAAACCGCCAUACCUAAAGUGUGUUACCGUUGGUAAAGCUGUUGAACAUGGCAAAGCUGUUACGGUCAUUGAAACUACGCCCAUAGUCGGUGCUAAUGAAACUUUCGAAAAAUUGACCCGCUGGAUUUUUAAUCAGUGCGGAAAGACCAUCGAAACUGUUCCAGAAAAUUUUGGUAUCGGCAGUGUAUUGUCAGCCGCAUCUGCUGUAUCUUUAUCGGUAGCUGUCGAUGGCAUUCUUGACGCAGCUGUCUCACAAGGAUUAGAGCGAGCACAAGCGCGGGAAAUAGUCGGGCAAAGUCUUAUAUCUCUCGGUACGCUACUACAAAACAACAUGCGUCCAUCCGACUUGAGGGAAGAGGCUUGCCGUCCACAGGGCUCGACCAUCGCAGGACUGAUGAGUUUAGAAGAGGACCGCGCAAGAUGGGCAUUUUGCAAGGCUAUUAUCACCGAUUCUGAGCGCAGCAAACAAAUAAUAUUAAAUGCCACGCCAAGUAUAUGA